AUGUCGUCGACCAUCCCCCGCACCAACUCGGAUGCCAGCCUGGCCAGCUCGCCCCGAACCCCCUCUUCCUCCUCUUCCUCGUCCGGCUCUGGCAUCCACUUUGCGCCGGCGGCCUCCUUCCCCUCGCCCAUGUCGACCACGAGUCGCAGCACAGCUCGCCGUCGUCCAGCUCGUCUCUGGCGCAAGACGCACGCCCACCCCGACGACCUCAACGCACGAACGCCCUGGUUCGACACACCCGUCGGCAAGAGCACGUUGCGCAAGACGAGGUGGACGUGUCUCGGCUUCUCCUCGCCUGGCCUUUUGUCGGCGGCAGCGCUCAUCGUCACGGCCUGGCUGUCUGUGCCCAAGCACGAGUACUGCCUCGUCCUCAAUGAGCAGUUUGACGGCGACACGCUCGACUCGUCCAUCUGGCACCACGAGGUCCAAGUCGGCGGCUUCGGCAACGGCGAGUUCGAGAUGACGACGACAUCGCCCAACAACUCGUACGUCGAGGACGGCAAGCUCAUCAUCGCCCCGACCCUCACCUCGGACCGCCUCGGCGUCGACGCCAUCACGAACGGCUUUGUCAUGAACCUGACGGCCGACGGCACCUGCACGUCCGACAAGCUGUCCGACUGCGUCGCCUUCUCCAACUCGACCGUCGGAAACUACUCGGUCAUCCCGCCCAUCCAGUCGGCGCGCCUGACGACCCGCCUGUCGAAAUCUAUCCGCUUCGGUCGAGUCGAGGUCAAGGCCAAGAUGCCCACCGGCGACUGGAUCUGGCCCGCAAUCUGGAUGCUCCCUCGCGACAACGUCUACGGCGAGUGGCCCGCAUCGGGCGAGAUCGACAUCGUCGAGACUCGCGGCAACCGGGUCAAGCACUCGUGGGACCGCACCGUCAACGCCAUCGGGUCGGCGCUCCACUGGGGGCUCGACUUCAAGUCGGACCGGUACAAGGACACGACGGGCCAGUUCCUGCUCAAGCGCCGCUACGUCGACGAGGCGUACUACACCUACGGCCUCGACUGGGACCCCAAGGGCAUGCGGUUCUGGAACAACCAGCGCUCGAGGGCCAUCAAGCGCGUCAACUUUGACCAGACGUUCUGGGACCGCGGCUCGCUCUCGUCGGCCCAGGUCAACGGCUCGAUCGCGGUCAACCCGUGGGAGGCGUCCGCCAACGUCGCCAAGGCGGCGCCGUUCGACCAGGACUUUUACCUCAUCCUCUCGGUCGCCGUCGGCGGCACGAACGGCUGGUUCCCGGACUCGGGCGACAAGCCUUGGAGCAACGGCGCACCUAACGCCGCUCGCGACUUUUGGAACAACCGCGCCAAGUGGCAGGAGACGUGGCCGGAGGACCCCAAGGAGCGCGGCAUGACUGUCGAGUCUGUCAAGAGCUGGCGCAUCAAGGAAAAGGGCGAGACGUGCGCUGCCUGAGCGCGCUCGAGCCGUCGGCUACUCUUCUCUUCUCGGACACUUUCCCUUCCCUGUCGUUCCCCCUUCUCUCUCUCUUUCCUCUCUCUCGUCUUCUCGCGCU